CUUCAUUCAUCUACAUAACACAUCCACGCACCUUUUGCCGCUCUGAGAUCUGAGAUCUAUCAAGGGCUGGAGUUGGCAUUUGUUUGUGACACGUCCUGAGGUUGGCUCAUCGCCCAUCGUUUCCACCUAGGACGACGGCAAUCUUCACCAUGCCCUCCUCUCCAUCUCCGCCAAGCUACUCCCGCCCACCACCUAAGCGCACCUAUGGCCGCCGCGGUCGCAUCUCCAAACCUCGAGCCGAAACUCCGGAGCCCACAACCGAUACUGAUGUGGAAGACGAGCCACCUGCACCGACUGUAAAACGUCAGCGGAUGCGGGGCGAUCCAUCACCUGCCUCACAUACUGAACCCGGCUCUGGGCCUUUUCAUCCUUCAACGCCCCCCGCCGAGUCGCCCUUCGCGUCGCCAUGCGGCUCACCGUCUGCGUCUGUCGCACCCGCCAAGAUCUCCUCCAGACUCGCUGCUCUGGUGACCGAUGACGCCAACUCCCGCCCUCUCCUUUCCCGCUCUCAGACCGCACCCGAGGGGCCCUUGCAGUCCACGGCUUCAGCGUCCACUAUUGCAAGAGUCGAAGGCAGACAAGGCAGUCAGGCACCGCGUCCUCGCAGGAAGAUGCUGUCUCGUGCCGAGAGCAUGGCCUCCCAGACCCUUCCUACUACCAACUCGGCCCCGUCGACGCCCCGCACUCCACGCCCACUCAAAAUUACGCACUCUAUGCCCACGCCUGGGAGCGGGCGCAGUCAUACGAGCUAUGAUGGGGAGCCCGGCUCGCCGCUUAUUGCGCCCCUUGUCCCCGUCGCGGUUGGUAGCCCAUCCCCGGCCAAAGCCAAGCGCACGUACGGAGGCAAUAGGAGCUUUCUCGCGUCUCGCCCGACCGAUUUGGACACAGCAUUGACCGAGGACGCGCAACCAAGCUACUCCGAGCUGCGCAAGGCAUAUGAGGUCGAUACAGGGGACGACGACGGCAUCCGUAACCUUGCGGAGGAGUUCAACCUGGCGCGCGCGCCCGAGCCAAUCAACGACAUGCGGAGCAAGGGCGAGAACCGGCUGUUCAUGGACGACAUCAGCUUGCUGCUUAGCGACAUCAACAAUCCCAUGCAGAGCCUCGCAUUGCGGCGGUCAAGCGCACUUGAUGUUCUGCAGAAGAUGCUGGAAGGAGAGUGGAUGGCUAGACUGCGGGGCCAUAUCGAAACUGUAUUCACAGCGCUAUUCAGCGGCAGCCGCGAAGAUUCGUUUCUUGGCGCCGCUUGCUUGUUGUUUCUCGCGCUGCUUGCGAAGGGUGGUGGGCUGCGACGAUUGCUCGAGGGCGAAGAAAACAAUGUCGUCGCGUUACUGGAGAGCCACAUUGACUUGACUUCUGGGCCCCUCGACCAAGGAUACAGAGGCAGGCCAUCGCUAUCCACGCAGAGACUUCGAGCCUUGGCCUCCAAGAUUUUCGAAGAGCAGGAAGUCGGCGGAAGUCGCGGCAUCGCAUCCUACGUUCUAGCUGAGGCGUUUCAAGAGUCUACUUCCACACCACAGAUGUUGGCAGCUGUUGCUCAUGAAGGGCUAGCUCUCCGUGUUUUCAGGCGACUCAAGGAAGAUGGUGCCCUGCUAAGAACACGGAUGGAGCUAUAUCGCAGCAGUAUCGAUCUCCUUCCCAGGGAUGGCACGAUCGACCUCGACGCCAUCGAGCAAAGCUUGCGGGCUCUGUCUCGCAUUGUGGCGAUGUCCAUCACAGACCGCGAGCAAGCAUCCACCGAGCGGGAGUGUAUCAGCUCGUUGCUCCACCUACUAGUCUCUGCUGUUGCGAUCGUCGUUGACGAGGAAGAAGAAGAUGAGCACGUCCAGCGGCAAGCCGCGCGAUGCGCCGUUCUGUCCCUGCAGAUACUUGCUCCGCUCGCCGAUCCAGCUCACAUGGCGGACAGCGCGAAAGAGGCAUUUGACGCCGCGCACGAGGAUGAGGCGACUUUGGCCGCGUUUGGCCGCCUCAUGUUCCAACGCAAUAGGUGGCCAGAGCUUUGCAAGUUCACCUCUCGCGAAAAUAAUACUAGCCCAACCUCGUCUCCCGUCAAGCCGAGCGAGAACCAGCGUAUCGAGGACGGAUCUGACAACUUGGAGGCCGUCGAGCUCUUGAUCUUCCUGUCGCCCGUACUGGACCGCAUCCUCCCCAAGUCGCGCAGUGCUGCGAUGAAAGUAGCGACAACAUCUGUCUCCGGAUGUGGCAAACGCUCGUGCAUCUUUGGCUGCCGUUGCGCAACAUCCAUCUCAUUUGCCGCCCUCGUCGUCUCGCUCUACAACGAGCACCUGGGCGAGCAGGAGCACGGCCGUGCCCUCCUCCUCUCGAUGUUCCUCACCGUCCUCCUCACCCGCCUGCUCGUUUCGGCGCCGAGCCAGGUCCGACCUCUCGUCGAGCGCGAGCUGGCCGGCUCGGGAUGGCGUGAGCAGCUUGUGGGCCUGCGCGACCGCCUGAAGCACUUCGAGGGCAUCUACGCUACGGUGAAGGAGCAAGUUGGCGCGGCGGGGAUCGAGGACGGCGACAGCAUGCUCGACGAAGCGCUGAAGGAGCUGCAGCCGCUCAUCGCGGCCGCAAACGGAUGAUGAAGUGUCUCUGUAGUAAUACAUAUACAUACGAGCUGUGACACAUGUAUCAUAG